AGAGGCUAACCUCUGGGAGGAGAAUGAAAAGGAAUCUGAAAUGGAUCAAAUCCAUUCGCCAUUUUCUGAUUCAAAGACUAGUACAGGUCUUGACCCUGAGAUGAAUGUUGAGGGAAUUCCUUCACUCUCUUGUUACCAAGACGUGUCUUCUUGUGAAAACCCUUCGUCAGAAUCAAAGCAGUUGUUCGAUAAAGGUGAAAUUCCCAUUGAUGAACAUGAUAAGCUCGAGGAACCAUCUAUAAUUGCAACCGAGUCUAGAAGGGAAGCAAAUGACGUUAAUGUGCAUGAAGUUCAUGAUUCUGAGGACAAGCUUUCAAUGAAAAUUCUCUUCCACGACUUCAGAAUAUACUUAUUUUCCUUCUGAG